AUGCUUCGAGGACAAGCGCUGCGUCUGGCCCAGGUGCUUCUCACUGUUGCACCGGCCUUUAUCACCUACGGUUACAACCAGGCGGGAGUAGGACCGCUAGCUACUCUGCAAACAUGGGUUCAUAUGUUUCCUGAGAUCGACACGGUCAACACCGACGGCGCUAUCAAAGAACGAAAUUCAACAAGAAAAGGCGCAGUUAUAGCCUCCCUCCAACUGGGCGCACUCCUAGGCGCGCUCUCAUGCGCGUAUCUUGGUGACUAUCUUGGCCGGCGCAAGACCAUCUUUCUAGGCGCGGUUAUUGUUGUCAUUGGCGAGCUGCUGGAGACUUCGGCUUUCAAUGUUGCCCAAUUUACUGUGGGCAGAGUUAUACUUGGAUUUGGCAUUGGACAACUAAGCGCCACUGUGCCCGUUUUCCAGGCCGAGUGCAGUUCCGCAAAGCACCGAGGCCAGCACGUUGUUGUCGAUGGUAUCUGCAUGGUUCUCGGCUUUGUGCUGUGCAACUGGAUAGAUUUUGGACUCAGCAAAACAUCUGGUGACAAGCAGUUUCGUGUUCCGCUUGCCCUUUCUUUCAUUUUCCCUCUCAUAGUGCUUUUCUCCGUGUUUUCCCUCCCAGAAUCUCCGCGAUGGCUGGUCCUAGUAGGCCGCCCUGGCGAGGCCGCGCGCAGUUUAGCAGCGUAUAGGGGUCUCCCUGAAGAUGACGAGGCCAUACAGGCAGAAAUAGCAAGCAUCGAGUCCUCAUUGGAGCUCACCGAACAAUCCGGUGCCAUCACUCUUCGCGAAGUCUUUUCUAGGAAUGACGAGGACCGUCUCUUCUAUCGCCUCGCCUUGUGUAUGGUUAUCCAAUUCUUCCAACAAAUGUGCGGCGGCAACCUGAUCUCAACUUAUAUUUCGACGAUCUUCGAACAAAACCUCAAGCUAGGCAGUGACUUAUCUCGAAUUCUAGCCUCCAGCGCACUCACAUGGAAAUGUCUGUGCAAUUUCAUCCCAUUCUUCGCCAUUGACCGUCUUGGUCGCCGCAAGCUAUUCAUGUUCAGUGGCACCGGCAUGUCGCUCUGUAUGGUCGUCCUCGCAAUCACAACCAGUUUUGACACCAGCAACAAGGCGGCGUCCGUUAUUUCUGUGGCUUUUAUUUGGCUAUUUAAUCUAUUCUAUCCAAUUGGUUUCUCGGGUGCCAAUUUCGUCUACUGCACCGAGGUCGCUCCCAUGCAGCUCCGCGUCGCCAUGGCUUCCAUGUCCACAGCAAACAAGUGGCUAUGGAACUUUGUGGUAGUUAUGAUCACACCCGUUGCCCUCGAUACCAUUGGGUACCGCUAUUAUAUAGUCUACGCGGUUAUCUCAGCCUGCAUCCCUGUCUCAGUGUACUUCUUCUACCCCGAGACAAUGGGCCGCAAUCUGGAGUCUUUGAACAAAGUGUUCCGCGAUGCACCGUCAAUGUGGCAUGUUGUGGAUAUGGCGAGAAAUAUUCCCAAGGGCGAUGUGGCUGGAAUGGACGUGGAUCCCAGUGAGAAAAAGAUUAGCGUGGAGGAAAAGGAGCAUGUGUAA